GGUUUGGUGAGAAGUCAAAAUACGUGAACUAGUAUGGGGGACUGGAGCUCUUUGGGGAAGCUGCUUGAAAGUGCCCAAGAACACUCUACUGUUGUGGGCAAAGUCUGGCUAACGGUACUGUUCAUCUUCCGCAUUCUGGUUUUGGGAACUGCCGCUGAGAAGGUUUGGGGCGAUGAACAGUCUGGCUUCACCUGCGAUACCAAGCAACCUGGUUGCCAGAAUGUCUGCUAUGAUGCAACUUUCCCCAUUUCUCACAUCCGCUUCUGGGUGAUGCAGAUUAUAUUUGUCUCCACUCCAACACUGAUUUAUUUGGGUCACAUCCUUCACCUGGUCCGCAUGGAGGAAAAGGAAAGAGAGAAAGAGAAGGAGCUCGCUCUCCAAAAUGAAAAGCAGCAGCAUUUACUUGGCAACAAAGGCACCAAGUCUCCAGUUAAAGACAGCCAAGGCCACGUGCGCCUCCACGGGGCACUCCUGAGAACCUACGUCUUCAAUAUUAUUUUCAAAACCAUGUUUGAAGUGGCUUUCAUUGUAGCUCAAUAUUUCUUAUAUGGCUUUGAGCUCAAACCCAUGUACACCUGCGACCGCUGGCCUUGCCCUAACACGGUGAACUGCUACAUCUCACGACCAACAGAGAAGACCAUCUUCAUCCUCUUCAUGCUGGUGGUAGCCUCCAUUUCACUGCUGCUUAACCUGGUGGAAAUGUAUCAUUUGGGGUUUAAAAGAUGUAAACAAGGACUUCGUUACAGGCGGUCACAUGCUGCAAGAGAAGCUUCCAAAGCCCAGAAGGAGGCCAUCAUGCCUUUUGUCCCAAGCCAUAGCUACUUUGUUGGUCAUUCUACAGCCCCUGAACCUUUCACUUCGUCAAAGCACAGCAUGGCAGAACACAGUUCUGCCUACAGUCCAUACAACAGCAAAGUGGCUCACAAGCAGAACAGAGACAAUAUGGUCAUGGAGAGAAAAGGCAAAACAGAAGGAGAUGAUCUAAAAGACUGGAAAAGCUCAGACCCUGAGUCAGCUGUUGAAAACCAACGAAGAAACAGCCAAUCCAGUAAACACAGCAAUAACAAAACCAGGCUAGAUGACCUGAAGAUCUAGAAAUAUGCUGUUUUCAU